AUGUCCAAAGACAACAUUUCACAGGAUGUUGAAAAUUGGAUAUCGGACACUGGUGAAGUGAAGAAUUUUGAUGAAAGUAAGGGCAUCACCAAUUCGGCAGUUUUGACGAAUAAUGAGAAUGAAGAUAAAUCACAGCGAGAUGAGGAUGAUAGGAGUCGAAGUCGAAUAAGUAAAGAAGAUUUGAUGGAUAAUUUCAUUCCUUUGCCGCCUAAACUGCCUGUAAUGUCUUCAAGCGAUUCUUUACUUAACAUUACUCCUUAUACUUCCUCACAUAAUGAUAAUGAUGAUUAUGUGAUAUAUUCUGAUUCUGAAAUUGGGUCUCAAAAUUCUUUGGAAUUGACUACUAGAUCCAAACUAUCUAUGUACUCCGGUUCAAGGGAAGAAUCUCCUUCAAGGGACAAUUCGCCUUCUAGGGCAAAAGCAAAAAGGAGAACUUCAAAGACAAAAAGAGGUAAUUUAUCUCCAAGAAGAGAUAGUGGUGAACGAGAAAAAGAUUCUUCAACUCCAAAAUCAAAAGUAAAGAGGAAAAUACGAAGAAAGUCCACCAAAUCAGAUGGAAGUGAAAGAUCUCAUCCAUAUAUUGGUAGUGGAUAUACUUCAACACCAGCUACGGGUAAGGUAUUCAGGAAUUUAUUGAUUCUCGAAGAAAGUUUGAGACAACAAGUAUUUCAACAGAAAGCUUUAAGAAGGAAAUACCUCACAUUCAUGGCAAUUUUGUGUUCCUUGAUAGCUUCAAUUUCUCAUUAUUUAUAUGUUGCUGAUACAAAUCAAUCAUCAAAAUCCACUGUAAGAGUGAUAUUGACUUUUGUAUUAUUGGCUUUGAUGUUUACCUUAUUAUUAUACUAUUUAUCAGGAGAAUAUCAAAAGACAAUCGUUUUACCUAGAAGGUUCUUAUCAUCCACGAAUAAAGGAUUAAGACAAUUGAACAUCAGAUUGGUGAAAAUCAAAAUACCUUGGGUUGACUAUUUUUCAGAUUUGUUGAGAGAAUUAUUAUUAAAUUUCACCAAUUCGUGUCUUAAUUUACUUCACAAGAUGGACCCUAACUCCUAUCAGAACAAAAACUCCAAACUUGAAGUUUUGUUAAUCUCUUUGAUGCUGCAAUGUCAGCCAAGAACAGGCAUAGCUGAUGUUAAAUUAGUACUUAAUGCGAGAGUAUUCAAUACCGAUAUAAGAGAGGGUUGGGAAUUAUACAGAAGUGAAUUUUGGCUUGAAGAAGGUAUGAGAAGACGUAACAACUUACUCAAUUUCAUUACUGGACAUACUGAAGACGAUAGCUCCAAGGAGAAAUUGAAAAGAGAAAAGCGUGAAGGUAAAAGGAAAAGAUCUAGUACCAAUACAAAUGUUAAUACCACCCCUGUGUUGGGGAUUUUGAACGAGGAAAAUUUAGAACAAUUAGCUGAUAAAUUGAAUAAUGAAAUUUCAAUUCCUAAAUAA